UUCUCCACAUACCCUCUUCUUCUUCUUCUUCUUCUUCUUCUUCUUCUUCUUCCCCAUCAUCAUCUUCAUCAUCCUCUAUUAAUUGGUUAUCUUUUUUUUUUUUUCUAGAUUAACUAGCUCAAUCUUUCUCAUCAUGUCAUCAAAUCAAGCAUCCCUUAACCUUAACCAAGCCAAAUUUGUCCUUCCAACCAAUGACGACCUUGAGCAACAACAACAACAAGCAACAACAACUCUAGAGAUUGAAUCUGAUGAGGACACCUUUGACUACUCAAAAAGAUCUCAAUGGCUCCGCGCCGCUGUUCUGGGAGCCAAUGAUGGGUUGGUCUCAACAGCAUCAAUCAUGAUGGGUGUUGGAGCAGUGAAGCAUGACAUCAAGGCCAUGAUCCUAUCAGGGUUUGCAGGGUUGGUGGCAGGGGCAUGUAGCAUGGCCAUAGGUGAGUUUGUGUCUGUUUACUCACAACUAGACAUUGAGGUUGCUCAAAGGAAGAGGGAGAAGGAAAGGGGCCAAAGAAGAGUGAGAGAUCCAGAGGAAGACACCAAUGAAGAGAAAGAGAGUUUGCCAAACCCUUUGCAAGCAGCAGCAGCCUCAGCUUUGGCCUUUUCUGUUGGUGCAAUGGUGCCAUUGCUUGCAGCAUCAUUUAUAAGGGAAUAUAAGGUGAGGCUUGGAGUGAUUGUUGCUGCUGUGACUUUUGCUUUGGUGGUGUUUGGUUGGUUAGGGGCUGUGUUGGGUAAGGCUCCAGUGUUGAGGUCUGCUUUGAGGGUCUUGUUUGGGGGUUGGAUGGCCAUGGCAAUCACUUUUGGGUUAACCAAGUUGAUUGGAUCAAGUGCACUUUAGUAUAGUUUCCUAUUUAUCUAAUUAAGGCUUGCUUUAAUUUUUCAUGUAUGCAUGGGUUGAAGAAAGUUGUUUAGGUAAUUAGCACAAAAGGAGGGUAAGGUGUUUCAUAGCCUUUUGUAAUCUGUACACAUGCAAUUCUCUUUGUGUACGAUGAUUGUAUGGUGAUAUUGAUAAAGCUUUGGAGUUUUUCAUUUGAUAUAAUGGGUGAGAUAUCAUAUUUGAAUCGGUGA